AGAGAGAGAGGAGGGGGGGGGUGAAGGAAAAAAACCGACUGGGCUGGUCGGUCUUUGUUUCUGGCUAGGAGGAAAAACCGAUAGACGCUGCAACCGUUGAGGACUCAAACGUCGCCUUUUACCACUUUGUGGGGAACUCGCUGCUGCCACACACUUCCUGUUCCCCCCCCCCCCCCCCCCUCCUGCGAGAUGUCCACCCCUGACCCUCCGAUGGGAGGGACACCUCGUCCUGGACCCUCCCCAGGCCCGGGGCCAUCUCCGGGAGGCAUGAUGGGCCCGAGCCCUGGUCCCUCUCCGGGCUCGGCCCACAGCAUGAUGGGACCCAGCCCAGGACCUCCUGGAUCCGGACACCCCCACCCACCACAGGGACCCUCAGGAUAUCCUCAGGACAACAUGCACCAGAUGCACAAACCAAUGGAAGCCAUGCAUGAGAAGGGGAUGCCCGACGACCCCCGCUACAGCCAGAUGAAGGGCAUGAGUAUGAGACCAGGGGGGCACAGUGGGAUGGGACCCCCUCCGAGCCCAAUGGACCAACAUUCCCAAGGUUACCCCUCUCCAUUAGGAGGCUCAGAGCAUGCGCCCAGCCCCGUCCCAGCCAGCGGCCCCCCCUCUGGCCCCAUGAUGCCCGGUGGUCCCUCUGGCCCGGUUUCUGGCCCCAUGGAGGGCACUGGGGACCCCAGCCAGGGGAUGGGACAACCUAACCGUGGGGGUCCUCAGGGUCCAGGCGGACCCGGAGCUGCAGGAGGUGGACCAGGUGGUGCAGGUGGACCCACUCCUUUCAACCAGAACCAGCUGCACCAGCUCAGGGCUCAGAUCAUGGCCUACAAGAUGCUGGCUCGCAGUCAGCCUCUCCCCGACCACCUGCAGAUGGCCGUUCAGGGGAAGAGGCCCAUGCCGGGGAUGCAGCAGCAGCCGAUGCCCAACAUGCCGCCGGCGACAGGGCCCGGAGGUGGGCCGGGGCCGGGACCAGGACCGGCUCAGGGCAACUACAACAGGCCACAUGGUAUGGUGGGUCCAAAUAUGGUGCCUCCUGGACCUGCAGGAGUCCCCCCGGGUAUGCAAGGCCAGCCGACCAACGGACCCCCGAAACAGUGGCCUGAAGGACCGAUGGUGAACGCCGCUGCCCCCUCAAACCCUCCUCAGAAGCUGAUUCCUCCUCAGCCCACAGGCAGACCCUCUCCCGCUCCCCCGUCUGUCCCCCCGCCGCCUCCCCCGUUGCCCCCUCAGACUCAGUCGCCAGGACAGCCCGCUCAGCCUCCUCCCAUGAUGCUUCACCAGAAGCAGAACCGCAUCACCCCCAUCCAGAAACCCCGCGGGCUGGACCCGGUGGAGAUCCUCCAGGAGAGAGAGUACAGGUUGCAGGCUCGCAUCGCUCACCGUAUCCAGGAGCUGGAGAACCUGCCCGGCUCUCUCGCCGGCGAUCUUCGCACCAAAGCCAACAUCGAGCUCAAAGCGCUGAGGCUGCUGAACUUCCAGAGACAGCUUCGUCAGGAGGUCGUUGUUUGCAUGCGUCGUGACACCGCUUUGGAGACCGCCCUCAACGCCAAGGCGUACAAACGCAGCAAACGCCAGUCUCUACGGGAAGCCCGGAUCACAGAGAAGCUCGAGAAGCAGCAGAAGAUCGAACAGGAGCGCAAACGCCGCCAGAAACACCAGGAAUACUUGAACAGCAUCCUGCAGCACGCCAAGGACUUCAAAGAGUACCACCGCUCCAUCACCGCCAAGCUCCAGAAGGCCACCAAGGCCGUGGCCACCUACCACGCCAACACAGAGCGCGAGCAGAAGAAGGAGAACGAGCGCAUCGAGAAGGAGAGAAUGAGGAGGCUGAUGGCUGAAGAUGAAGAAGGUUACCGUAAACUCAUCGACCAAAAGAAAGACAAGCGUCUGGCCUACCUGCUGCAGCAGACCGACGAGUACGUGGCCAACCUCACCGAUCUGGUGCGAGCUCACAAAGCCGUCCAAGCUCUGAAAGUGAAGAAGAAGAAGAAGAAGAAAAAGAAGAAGCCCGAGGCGGUGGAGGGCGGAUCCGGCCUGGGACCUGAUGGAGAGCCUCUAGAUGAAACGAGUCAGAUGAGCGACCUUCCUGUGAAGGUCAUCCACACGGACAGCGGAAAGAUCCUGACUGGCGGCGAAGCUCCGAAAGCCGGUCAGCUGGAGACCUGGCUGGAGAUGAACCCGGGGUACGAAGUGGCGCCGCGCUCUGACAGCGAGGACAGCGGCUCUGAGGAGGAGGAAGAGGAGGAGGACGAGGACGAGGAGCAGCCUCAGCCGUCUUCAGCUCCCAGCGAGGAGAAGAAGAAGAUCCCCGACCCCGACAGUGAAGAAGUGUCUGAGGUGGACGUGCGGCACAUCAUCGAACACGCCCGGCAGGACGUGGAUGACGAGUACGGCAGUGCGAGCUUCAACCGAGGCCUGCAGUCGUACUACGCCGUGGCUCACGCCGUCACCGAGAAAGUUGACAAACAGUCGACGCUGCUGAUCAACGGGCAGCUCAAGCAGUACCAGAUCAAAGGUUUGGAGUGGCUCGUGUCGCUUUACAACAACAACUUGAACGGCAUCCUGGCCGAUGAGAUGGGUUUAGGAAAAACCAUCCAGACCAUCGCCCUCAUCACUUACCUCAUGGAGAUGAAGCGCCUCAACGGACCCUUCCUCAUCAUCGUACCUCUCUCAACUUUGUCAAACUGGGUCUAUGAGUUUGAUAAGUGGGCGCCAUCUGUCAUCAAAAUCUCCUACAAGGGGUCUCCACAAGCUCGCCGUGCGUUCGUUCCCAUCCUGCGCAGCGGCAAGUUCAACGUGCUGCUCACCACGUACGAGUACAUCAUCAAAGACAAACAAGUGCUGGCAAAGCUGCGUUGGAAGUACAUGAUCGUGGACGAGGGUCACCGUAUGAAGAACCACCACUGUAAGCUGACUCAGGUCUUGAACACACACUACUUGGCCCCGCGGCGUCUGCUGCUCACAGGAACCCCGCUGCAGAACAAGCUGCCCGAGCUCUGGGCGCUGCUCAACUUCCUGCUGCCCACCAUCUUCAAGAGCUGCAACACGUUCGAGCAGUGGUUCAACGCACCCUUCGCCAUGACCGGAGAGAAGGUCGACCUGAAUGAAGAGGAGACGAUUCUGAUCAUCCGACGUCUUCACAAAGUGCUUCGGCCGUUCUUGCUGCGUCGACUCAAGAAAGAAGUGGAGGCUCAGCUGCCUGAGAAGGUGGAGUAUGUGAUCAAAUGCGACAUGUCGGCUCUGCAGAGGGUUCUGUACCGACACAUGCAGGCCAAAGGAGUCCUGCUCACAGACGGGUCGGAAAAAGACAAGAAGGGUAAAGGUGGUACGAAGACCUUGAUGAACACUAUCAUGCAGCUGAGGAAGAUCUGCAACCACCCGUACAUGUUCCAGCACAUCGAGGAGUCUUUCUCUGAACAUCUCGGUUACUCUGGUGGAGUCGUGAGCGGUCCCGAUCUGUUCCGCUCCUCCGGGAAGUUUGAGCUGCUGGAUCGCAUCCUGCCCAAGCUGAGGGCCACCGACCACAAAGUGCUGCUCUUCUGUCAGAUGACGUCGCUCAUGACCAUCAUGGAGGACUACUUCGCCUACCGUAACUUCAAGUACCUGCGUCUGGACGGAACCACCAAGGCGGAGGAUCGCGGCAUGCUGCUGAAGUCCUUCAACGACCCGGCCUCUGAUUACUUUGUGUUCCUGCUCAGCACCAGGGCCGGAGGUCUCGGUCUGAACCUGCAGUCUGCUGACACAGUCGUCAUCUUUGACAGCGACUGGAACCCUCAUCAGGACUUGCAGGCUCAGGACCGAGCUCAUCGCAUCGGUCAGCAGAACGAGGUGCGCGUUCUCCGCCUCUGCACCGUCAACAGUGUGGAGGAGAAGAUCCUGGCGGCGGCCAAGUACAAACUGAACGUGGACCAGAAGGUCAUCCAGGCCGGCAUGUUCGACCAGAAGUCGUCGGGAUGCGAGCGCCGCGCCUUCUUGCAGGCCAUUCUGGAGCACGAGGAACAGGACGAGGUCGGGACUCGAGGAGGCGACCGCACUAGGGGGGCGUGGGUCGGUGAGGAGGAUGAAGUCCCAGACGACGAGACCGUCAAUCAGAUGAUCGCCCGAAGUGAAGAGGAGUUUGAGCAGUUCAUGCGUAUGGAUCUGGACAGACGCCGCGAGGAGGCGCGUAACCCCAAGAGGAAACCGCGUCUGAUGGAGGAGGACGACAUGCCCAGCUGGAUCCUGAAGGACGACGCCGAGGUGGAGCGGCUGACCUGCGAGGAGGAGGAGGAGAAGAUGUUUGGAAGAGGAUCCCGCCAACGUAAAGAGGUGGACUACAGCGACUCGCUCACGGAGAAACAGUGGCUCAAGGCCAUCGAGGAGGGAAAUCUGGAGGACAUCGAGGAGGAGGUGCGUCACAAAAAGACGACCAGGAAGCGCAAGAGAGACCGGGACCACGACGGCGGUCCGGCCACGCCGAGCUCCAGCAGCGGCCGGGGGCGGGACAAAGACGACGAGGGGAAGAAGGCGAAGAAGCGCGGGCGUCCGCCGGCCGAGAAGCUCUCGCCCAACCCUCAGUCGCUCACCAAGAAGAUGAAGAAGAUCGUGGAUGCUGUCAUCAAGUAUAAAGACGGGAGUAACGGCCGACAGCUAAGCGAAGUCUUCAUCCAGCUGCCAUCUCGCAAAGAGCUGCAGUACUACGAGCUCAUCCGCAAGCCCGUCGACUUCAGGAAGAUCAAGGAGAGGAUCCGCAGCCAUAAGUACCGCAGCCUGAACGACCUGGAAAAGGACGUGAUGCUGCUGUGUCAAAACGCACAGACCUUCAACCUGGAGGGGUCGCUGAUCUACGAGGACUCCAUCGUGCUGCAGUCCGUCUUCACCAGCGUGCGGCAGAAGAUCGAGAAGGAGGACGAGAGCGAAGGAGAGGAGAGCGAGGAAGAGGAGGACGAGCCGGACGAGGGCUCCGAGUCUGAAUCUCGUUCAGUGAAGGUGAAGAUCAAGCUGAGCCGGAAAGAGAAAGGAGAGCGAGGAGAUCGAGGAGGUAAAGGGCAGCGACGGCGAGGCCGCGGCGCUCGAGCUAAACCUGUGGUGAGCGACGACGACAGUGAGGAGGAGCAAGAAGAGGAGCGCUCGGCCAGCGGCAGCGACGAGGACUGAAGUGAGCCCCCGCUCCUGAUCGGACCAACGCCCCCCCCCCCUGAGCCCCCUUGACUGGACUUUAUAUAUUUUACUUAGAUACAGCAGGGAGUCAGUUUGUGAACAGGCCUAGUUUUACCUAGAUGAGCUGAUUUUUAGUGAGACUAUUGUAUUCUCAUUAAAGUAUACCAUUUAUUAAAAACCAGUUAAAAAUAUGAAGUCCACUUCCAUAUUUAAACCAUUGCCCCUCCCCUCCCCCCCCCACAUUAUGAAUAGUAGUGUCUCUUUACCUUCUUUUCUUUUCUCCUGUAAGUGGAAAAUGGACAGAGUUUGAAUAAUCGACUGAGCAUGGGCCAUAAAGACACCGAACUGUUUUUCUUUUUUGUUUUUUUAAGUGCUGUUCAUUUUGUCGUCUUUUCUUUGAGACACGUGAAGCAGGAGGGAAAACUGUGUAACAUGAAGUCCCCCUUUUUUUCUGAAUGCAUGUCGUGCGUGUCUGUCGGAGGAAAAAAAAAAAAAAAAAAAAGCACCUGGAUGUGUCUUCGCUAUUAUCUGUGUUUAAUUUAAGACUACAAGCGGGAUCACGGUACGUCCCGCCCCUGCAGCCCCUCCCUCUCAGGUUGUGUAUGAAUUGGGGGAGGGAGGGAUAGGACCCUCUUCUCGUGUCAGUGUCACUGGAUUCCAAAAAACUACAAUAAAGGCAUCUCAUGAUUA